UACAUGGCAAAUAUAAAUCAAAAAUGAAAGUGUUACAUUAUGAAAAUAAGCUUAGUUAUCAGUUACUUAAAUGCUGAAAUAAUUUUUUUACAGAAUACUGCAAGUUUUAACAAUAUACUCCUAUCUGUGCUAUUCAUUAACAUAGAAAACUUGAUUGAAUUAACAUUAGUACUAUACCCUCUAGUAAUAUAUUUUUUUCUAUCAGUAUUAAAGAAUUGACAAUUAAAUAAAUAAUGAUAUUCAUCACCAAGUGAGCUAUUAUUGCAUAAAUUACAAAUUCUUAAUUCUCUUGGUUUAUUUCAAAAUCUACCAGACUCAGUAGGCAUUUUAUGGUUCAUACAUCUAAAGCGCAAUAGUACCAAAGCUAAAUGAGAUGGUAAAAUAUCUAAAAAAAAAUCAAAUCUGAAUUCACUUUUGUACAUUCUAUAAUUCAGACAUUUACUUGAUUCUGACAUUUCACUAUGCUAAUUUUGAAUGAAUUGAUCUUUCAGUCUAUUUUUAACAAUUUUCUUAAACAAUGGAAGAGAAGCGGCAACAUUAUUAAUCCAAAAAUUUGAUAAACCCAGUGAAUCUAGUAAUUUACAAACACUAUUCAUCCAUGGGAGUUUCAACACAUUUCUACAAUACAAAGAGUGUGACAUAUCAUACAAUAUAUGGCUUAUUGAUUCUUGUUUGCUACCAAAAGCACAAAACUCUACUUUUUAUAUGAAUAGAUAAAGGUAAUAUCCCUAAAUCUCCAUAAAGCAUACAAUUUGGAGUACUUUGUUUCAAAUUUAAUAUGAGUUUAUAAAAUUUUAAUUGAAAUCUAUCUAUGAUAUUCACAUUUUCAAUUCCUCACACUUCGCUACCAUAUAACAAUAUAGGUGCUACCAUGCCAUCAAAUAAACGAAUUUGCAUACUGAUAGGUAAAUCCAAUUUUCUAGCCUUAACUAUAAUUGAAAACAUAGCCUUUCUUGCCUGUUCUAAUAAAUGAUUCUUUGUUUUAGCAAAUUUACCAUUAUAAGAGAACUUAACACCCAGAUAUGAAAAAUCAUCAACAAUUUCUAGCAAAUUACCUUCAAAACUAAAGGCUGGAAUAUUACAUAAACCUCUUUUACUUUUACAAAAAACAACAAUUUUAGUUUUACUAGGAUUAACUUGUAAAUGCCAUAAUUGACAAUAAUUUGACAUUGCAUCUAGUGCUUUUUGCAGUUCUUCAGCAGAUUCAGCAAAUAUAACUGUAUAUAAAUGGAUCAACAGUUCAACAUGUUUUUGAUAUUUGUGUACGGGACAUUGAAAACCGGUGAACCAAACUAUAAUCUGAUGAAAGAUGAAACAUCCGGUGUGUGCAGACGACUUGGUACCGUUUACACCAAAGAAAAAUACCCGCUGGUUAUAGCGUCGAGAUAUAACAUUCCAUUUUUACUGUACAAACCAGGAACAGGGCAUAAUGUUCAAGGAGAACUGUAUGAAGUUGAUGAUGCCCAGUUAAAACGACUCGAUAAACUUGAAAAUCAUCCGAAUUUGUAUGUCCGAAAAGAUGUGAUAUUGACAAAGCAAAAUGACGAUUCAGAGGAAGAUAUCCAUGCUCAAGCUUAUUUUUUAGUUAAUUAUAGACCUAGUUUAAUAGAUUUACCAAUGCUGGACAGUUAUAAGGACAUGAUUGACGGGAAGGUAUAUGUUGAACAUAGCGCUAGAGAUGUACAUGCCCCUAAUUUCUACUAUGAAGUGCACACAUGCUACGAAAAAGACAUAUAGAUCUAGAUUUAAUUCACUUAACGUUAUGCGAACUUCAGUUUCAAAAGUUCAAAAUUGAAUAUAAUCAGUAUUUUGUAUGUUUAUGGGGUUUGUUUUGCCUCGUCUACACGUUAUUUCAAGAAGCAUUUUGUUAUGUUUAGAAAUACUUCUAUGCAAAUGCUGCACACAUGUUUUCAUGUGUAUUGAUCAAUGUCUGCAUAUUUUAAUAAAAUAAAAGUUUAUGUAUGAUAAUUAUUCACGGAGAACCUGGUAUAUAAUUUUCAUAUACAUGUAUACAGCAUAAUAAAUAUGUGAGUCAUUGAAAUAAGAAGUUGUAUAAAUAACUAUUGAAUUUAUGUAAUUUUAAAACUUGUGGUUCAUGUGAUAGGAGACAAUAUAUGAAACGACUUUUUUGUUCUGUUCAGUAAUGUGAGAUAAUCAUACCAAAAUACUUGUAAGACAAAAUGUACCAAUAAAAGUGUGUACUGUA